AUGGCGGCUGCAUUAUCCCGUUGCAUAACAUUUCUCCUGCUUUUUUCCUUCUUCUUCCACCUCAACAAUGUUGCCUUUGGAAGCUCAGAUUUGACGGCAUUGUUAGAGUUCAAAGCUUCAGCUGACCCGUCAAACACCAUCCUCACCCGUUGGACUCCGGCGAGCGACCCAUGUUUCUGGCCCGGAAUUUCUUGCUUUCAAAACCGGGUCAGCCGUCUCGUCCUCGAGAAUCUUAGUCUUAGGGGUUCAUUUCAGCCGCUUGCUCGGUUAACUGAGCUCCGGAUCCUCAGUCUCAAAUAUAACCAUUUCUCCGGCCCCAUUCCCAAUCUAUCUAACCUUACAUCCCUCAAGUUGCUUUUCUUGUCUCAUAACAAGUUUUCCGGCGACUUCCCGCAGUCCGUGACGUCACUUACUCGGCUUUAUCGUCUGGACUUAUCAUUCAACCAACUCUCCGGCGUAAUACCGGCUCCUCAGGGUGAGCCCACUCGACCCGGUUCUGGAGCCUUGGCAUCGCCAGUGGGUCCGAGAGGGAACUCUUCCACUGUGGCUUCUUCCCCGACGACGCUACCGGAUAACGGGUCACCGGUCAAAACCGGGAGGAAUAAUGGAGGUGGGAAAAUGAGCACCGUUGCAAUAGUCUUCAUAAUUCUGGGGGAUGUCAUUGUGCUCACCUUGAUUGCUUUCCUACUGUAUUGCUUCUUUUGGAGACGCUAUUCUAAGAAAAUGAGCAGGAAAAAUGGGGAACCAGUUGAAAAAAUUGUGUAUUCAUCUAGCCCGUAUCCGAACCCGCCCCAGCCCGGUUAUGAGAGGGGCAAAAUGGUGUUCUUUGACGGAUCAAAGAAAUUUGAGCUGGAGGACUUGCUUAGGGCUUCGGCUGAGAUGCUGGGUAAAGGAGGAUUUGGGACUGCAUACAAAGCUGUUUUAGAUGAUGGGAAUGUUGUAGCGGUGAAGAGAUUGAAGGAAAUGUCUGUAAAUGGAAGAAGGGAUUUCGAGAAUCAAAUGGAGAUUUUAGGGAGGAUUAAGCAUCCCAAUUUGGUUAGCUUGAAGGCUUACUAUUUUGCCAGGGAUGAAAAGUUGUUGGUUAAUGAUUUCAUGCCCAAUGGGAAUUUGUUUUGGCUUCUUCAUGGAAAUCGAGGUCCUGGUAGAACCCCAUUGGAUUGGACUUCAAGGUUGAGGAUUGCAUCUGGAGCAGCUAAAGGAUUAUUGUAUAUUCACAACUCCUGCAAGCCCCUUAAACUAGUUCAUGGAAACAUAAAGUCUACUAAUGUCCUAAUUGACAAGACUGGUAAUGCUCGGCUUACAGAUUUCGGCCUAUCUGCCUUUGCACUGCCUUCAUCAGCUCCAAAAUCCAAUGGAUAUCGGGCCCCUGAAGCUUCUGUUGAUGGCCGAAAACUCACCCAGCAGUGUGAUGUAUACUCAUUUGGGGUCCUUUUGCUCGAGUUGCUUACUGGUAAAUGCCCCUCUAUUGCCGAUAAUGGAGGGCAAGGGACAGGAUACACCGGCAUAUUAGAUUUACCAAGGUGGGUGCAGUCUGUGGUGAGGGAGGAAUGGACAGCUGAGGUAUUUGACAUUGAGUUAAUGCGAUAUAAGGGCAUCGAGGAAGAAAUGGUUGGUUUGUUGCAGAUAGCAAUGGCGUGUUCUUCUGCUUCUCCAGAUCAAAGGCCGAAGAUGAACUUUGUAGUGAAAAUGAUAGAAGAACUUAGAGGCGUGGAGAUGUCGCCAUCCCACGACACACUUGACUCUGUUUCAGACUCACCUGCAGUGUCUGAAGAUGCAGGAGCAGUAGCCUGUCAAUGA